GUGAACUGAAAUAUAUAGAAGAGCUCGAUCUCAGUUAUAACAACUUUGUAGGUGAGUUUCCUUCAUGCAUAACCAGCUUGACUGGACUUCGUGUUCUUGACCUCUCAUGGAACCAAUUGACUAGGACGUUACCAUCUGCUCUCGGUAAUCUCGAAUCCCUCGAGUACUUAUCAUUGUUAUAUAACAACUUCGAAGGCCUCUUCUCACUUGGUUGGCUCGCUAACCUCUCAAAGCUUAAAGUGCUCAAACUUGAUUCAGUAUCCAACACAUUUCAAGUAGAGUUGGAAAGUUCUUGGAAGCCAAAAUUUCAGUUGAGUGUUAUUUCACUAGGAAGUUGCAAUUUGGAGAAGGUUCCUCAUUUUCUCCUAUACCAGAAUGAUUUGCGUCAUGUUGAUCUCUCUAACAAUAAUAUUUCUGGAAAGUUUCCUUCAUGGCUAUUGGAGAAUAAUACAAAACUCGAGGUUUUGCUUCUACAAAACAACUCUUUUACAAGCUUUCAGCUACCACAAUCUGAUAGUAAUCUCCUUUGCCUGGAUGUUUCAGUUAAUGAAUUUGAUCAAAUCUUUCCUGAGAACAUUGGGUGGAUACUUCCUCGUUUACAGUAUAUGAAUCUUGCGAGUAAUGGUUUUCAAGGAAAUCUUCCAUCUUCUUUGGGUAACAUGAAAGAGAUUGAAUUUUUGGAUAUAUCUCUCAACAAUUUCUACAGGAAGCUACCGGGAAUUUUCUUAGAGGGUUGUUAUUCUUUGAGUUUCUUGAAGAUGUCACAUAACCAACUAAGUGGAGAGACAUUCCUAGAGACAGCCAACUUUACUAAUUUAAGUGUGUUGUGUAUGGAUAACAACCUGUUUACAGGAAAGAUUGGAGACGGUUUGCGGAGCUCGAGAUCUUUAUCUAUGCUUGACAUUUCGAACAACGGUUUCUCAGGCGUUAUUCCAAUCUGGAUUGGCGAACUUCCAGAUUUAUAUGCAUUACUGCUUUCACACAACUCAUUGGAAGGUGAAAUACCUCUUUCGUUGUUCAACAUAUCUACACUAGACAUACUAGACCUCUCUGAAAACCGUUUAUCUGGGGGAAUACCUUCGCUUGUCAAUUCUAGAUAUCCGACAGUGUUGCUCUUGCAAGGCAAUAAUUUAUCAGGAGUAAUUCCACACAUAUUGCUAGCACAUGUCACUGUGCUUGAUCUGAAAGAUAACAGAUUGUCCGGAAAUAUUCAUGAGUUCAUCAAGACCCAAUACAUUAGUAUUCUUCUUCUGCGGGGGAAUAAUUUAACAGGUCAUAUUCCCCACCAAUUGUGUCCCCUAAGCGACAUCCAGCUUUUGGAUCUUUCCAACAAUAGACUGAAUGGUUCCAUACCUUCAUGUCUUAGCAAUACAUCAUUUGGUUUUGGGAAUGGGGACAGCUUCGACGGUUCUUAUUUUGAUUCUGGACUUUUUUCCUCAAUAACGUUCUACACAAAUUUCAAAUCUCUGAUCGUGGAAGAUCAGUUUAGCAAGGAUUUCAAGGCCAUGACCAAGACGAUAAUUGACUUUGCAACAAAACACCGAUAUGAUGCCUAUUGGGGUGGAAAUCUGAAAUUAUUGUUUGCAAUGGAUCUCUCAGCAAAUGAGCUUAGCGGAGAGAUCCCAGUAGAGCUUGGAGGUCUUGGGGAAGUACAAGCUCUCAAUCUUUCUCACAUCAAAUUAUCAGGUGUGAUACCAGAAGGCUUUUCAGCUCUGAAGAAUGUGGAAAGCCUUGAUGUAUCUUUCAACAGAUUACAAGGCCGGAUCCCACCACAACUUACAGAUCUUAGCAGCCUUGCUGUCUUCAAUGUCUCAUGCAACAAUUUAUCAGGAAUCAUUCCACAGGGAAGAAAGUUUAACACCUUCGACACGCAAAGCUACUUAGGUAAUCCUCUUCUUUGUGGGAAACCAACCAACACAAGCUGCGAGAGGAAUAACUUUCAAGAACCAAAUAAUGGAGUGGAAGCUGCUGAUGAAUCCACCACAAUCAACAUGGAAUCUUUCUACUGGAGUUCUGCUGCAGCCUAUGUGACAAUACUUCUUGGGUUACUCGCAUCACUCUCCUUUGAUUCUCCUUGGAGCAGAGCUUGGUUCUACAUCGUUGAUGCUUUCAUCCACAAGGGUAGGAGACUGUUGUGAUAAAUAUAACACUGCAGGUGCCUAUGAUGUGCUUGUUUCAUCCCCAUUUGUUGUUGUUCUUCUCAAACCUCAUGCUUUGUUUCAGAAAACAGAACAAAACUUAUGUUUUUGGUUCCUUUGUACUGUCUUUUGUCUUCGUAUAAUAAAAGUAAUGCAUCAAACAUAUCUUGGAGCUGCUUUGGUUGUUUGGUUCAAUACAUAAUCUAUAGUAACACAUGAAACAAUUCCAUAGUAGACGCAACCAGUCAUCCACCAGAUCAUUGAAUGAGAGAAGUGACCACAUAAUCUAUAGUAACGAUUUUUUUCCCUCAAGGAAUUCUAUUCAAGACCUAAAUUUAGUUUCAAUAGAAUGUGAUGUUGUUCUCAAGAUCAAGAAAAAAAAAAAAAUCUAGCUGGUAGAGAACAAAUUUGAAGAAAAAGCCUGAAGCUAAUGCAA